AGGGGCGGGGCAGAGCCGCUCUGGAACUGCUUUUUGAUUCUUCGCACUGUGCGCUGCUAUCAGAAAGUGGAGUCUUUUCUGACCGUGGCCUGACUGCGCGGUGUCCACGGCUGGAAUAGAAAUCAUGCCCGUGACUCUGGGUUACUGGGAUAUCCGUGGACUGGGUCACGCCAUCCGCCUGCUCCUGGAAUACACAGAGACAGACUACCAAGAGAAGAGAUACUCCAUGGGGGAUGCUCCCGAUUAUGACCGAAGCCAGUGGCUGAGUGACAAAUUCAAGCUGGGCCUGGACUUUCCCAAUCUGCCCUACUUAAUUGAUGGGUCACACAAGAUCACCCAGAGCAACGCCAUCCUGCGCUACCUUGCCCGCAAGCACAACCUGUGUGGGGAGACGGAAGAGGAGAGGGUUCGUAUGGACAUUUUGGAGAACCAGGCCAUGGACAGCCGCAUCCAGAUGGGCAUGCUCUGCUACAGUCCUGACUUUGAGAAACAGAAGCCAGAGUUCCUGAAGGGCCUCCCAGAUCACCUGAAGCUCUACUCUGAGUUCCUGGGGAAGCAGCCAUGGUUUGCAGGGGACAAGAUCACCUAUGUGGACUUCCUUGUCUAUGAUGUCCUUGACCAGCACUGUUUAUUUGAGCCCAAGUGCCUGGAUGCCUUCCCAAACCUGAAGGACUUCUUGGCCCGCUUUGAGGGCCUGAAGAAGAUCUCUGCCUAUAUGAAGAGCAGCCGCUUCCUCCCAAAGCCUCUGUACUUAAAACUGGCCACAUGGGGUAACAAGUAGGAGCCCGCACUGCUGGUACUGUUAGGGAGACCUGUCAUGCACCCGGCGCCCUGGACACUGACUGGGCUGCAGCUAGCUCCAGUAACUUCUCUGCAUCAGUCCUUCCGUUUCUUUCUCUGUGUUUUCAUUACCUUCCCCUCUACAAGAAUGCUUGUCUCCCGUUUCACACAGCCUCUUCUCACUCAAGCCUCUAAAUUUCAAACCCCCAUCCUUGGCAAACAUCUUACUGUCAUGUUUCUUAUCAGACGACCUUCACUGUACUCUGAGCAGUUCCGAUGAUGGCUUUACUCCCCACGGUUGCCCAAAGAUCCAUACUACCUGGUAUGCAGGUUCGGUCUCCAGACUGGAAUGGCCCAACCUUGUCUGAUCUCUAGUAAAGUAUGAGGCAUACUU